GUGAGUGCUGCUGUGACGCGUUACCGAGCAGCAGCGGCCCCGCUGAACAGAUGUUACCGUGACAGAGGCGAAACCGCUGCUUCUCUCCUCCUGCUGCCGCUGCCGCUGCUGCUGCAACAAGAGACGAGACGCGUCUUGGAUCGCAAAUAGGGAUGCAGGACGCAUGCGCACUGGGCUCCGUUUACUGUAGGAUAUUCGCCGUGGUGGAAAAAAAGGGGGGCAGACAACAAAUCGGGCUUUUUAAAACAGCAAAAAUCCGACUCGUGCAAUGUAAAUAACACCCAGGAAGGACGCGCGGUCGGAUUAUCAACAGGUAGGAUUUUGAUUGAUUGUGUUCGGCUGUCUCUCUCUCUCUAUGCCUUUUUUUGGCCUUGUCUUGUGUGGUGGCUGCGAUUCUGGGCAAUUCAUAGCGAGGACUUGGAAAUUAUUCUAGUCUAAUGGCCGUGCGGAUCCGCUCCACUGUUACUCUUUCUCCAGCCGAUUGGGAUGCAAGGACGAUUUUUGAUCCUGUUGAGUGUGUUUUUACUGAAAUCCGUGGGAUUCAAACGCGCCUAGAAUCCUCGACUGACAAUCGGAGGACACAUUUAAACGCGAAAUUCCGGAGCUGCUAGAUAAAGGAUGGAGGCGCCGUAGGGAGCGGUGUGCGCGCACCCGGGCUCCGCUCCGCUCCGCCGCCGUGCGCCCGUGUUUCUGUCCGGAGACUCGGGCUCUCCGCCGUGUCGCUAAAUGGGGCUGCUUUUUUAGGUGUGAUGAGACAAAGGAACAAAGGAUGCCUUAGAGGAGAGGGUGCUUACAUGCCUGGAAACCUCUUCAAAGCACACCGCCAAAUGGAUGUAACGCCUCCCCCCGCCACCUCCAGAUCAUGAUACUCGGCUGAAGCUACUCCACUAUCUUUAUGAUCCCUCCUCCAUCUAUGGCGAACUACAGCCAUGCAGGGGACCACACCAUCUUGCAGAACGUCUCUCCUCUCGCCACCUUCCUCAAACUGACCUCUCUGGGUUUCAUCAUUGGCGUCGGCGUGGUCGGAAACCUCCUGAUCUCCAUCCUGCUGGUCAAAGACAAGAGCCUGCACCGGGCGCCCUACUACUUCCUGCUGGACCUGUGCGCCUCCGACAUCCUGCGCUCGGCCAUCUGCUUCCCCUUCGUGUUCACCUCGGUGAAGAACGGCUCGGCCUGGACCUACGGCACGCUGACCUGCAAGGUGAUCGCCUUCCUGGGUGUGCUCUCCUGUUUCCACACGGCGUUCAUGCUCUUCUGCGUCAGCGUCACCCGCUACCUGGCCAUCGCGCACCACCGCUUCUACACCAAGAGGCUGACCUUCUGGACCUGCCUGGCCGUCAUCUGCAUGGUGUGGACGCUGUCGGUGGCCAUGGCGUUCCCGCCGGUGCUGGACGUGGGCACCUACUCCUUCAUCCGCGAGGAGGACCAGUGCACGUUCCAGCACCGCUCCUUCCGGGCCAACGACUCCCUGGGCUUCAUGCUGCUGCUGGCCCUCAUCCUCCUGGCCACGCAGCUGGUUUACCUCAAGCUCAUCUUCUUCGUGCACGACCGCCGAAAGAUGAAGCCCGUGCAGUUCGUGCCCGCCGUCAGCCAGAACUGGACCUUCCACGGCCCGGGCGCCAGCGGGCAGGCGGCGGCCAACUGGCUGGCGGGCUUCGGGCGGGGCCCCACCCCCCCCACCCUGCUGGGCAUCCGGCAGAACAGCAACGCAGCGGGCCGCAGGCGUCUGCUGGUGUUGGAUGAAUUCAAAACCGAGAAGAGGAUUAGUAGGAUGUUCUACAUCAUGACUUUUUUCUUCCUGGCGCUGUGGGGCCCCUAUCUGGUGGCCUGCUACUGGCGAGUGUUCGCUCGGGGCCCCGUGGUCCCUGGGGGAUACCUGACAGCGGCCGUGUGGAUGAGCUUUGCCCAGGCGGGGGUCAAUCCUUUUAUCUGCAUCUUCUCCAACCGGGAGCUCCGGCGCUGCUUCAGCACCACGCUCCUCUACUGCAGAAAAUCCAGGUUACCAAGGGAACCCUACUGUGUUAUAUGAAGGUUUUUUUCCCAUCCGUGUCUCUGUUUCCCUGAUUGAUCUUGAUCUGGGCUCGUUCCCACUGUACAGCGCCGCUCCUCUCUUUCCGUGUCCCUUCCCUUCAUCCUCCAGUUGUUCCCCCCGUUCCCGCCUCUCCCGACGCUCCUCUGCAGAUGUGGAGGGCGGACGGCCCAAUCAGGAGGCUCCGCCGGGGCGAGCGCGGGCCGAGCGCGCCACGCGUGGAGGCUGAGGGGAACGGGGAGCGCACGGGAGGCCUGGAAAGCCUCCUGUGUUCAUGUUUUAGUAAACAGACACAGCGGAAGGCCACGCCACUGCAGAGAAGCAAAAAGUUGAAGCAAGAAAAAGAGAAAAAAAAAUUGACGUGACGAAAACGAAAAAACCUGCUUUGGAUAUUUUUAAAAUGCGUUAUUCUGUGAGUGUGAAAUAUAAAAAAGAGAAAAAAAAAGAACUGAAAACAAAGAGAUGAUACCUCUGAAGGAAUCACUGGAAAUGUUUUACAUUUUAAGAGUUGCACUAAAAAAGAAGAUGUAAAGAUGCUUUUUCGGUCAGCCGUUGCCAGCUGCUUCGCAAGGACAACGAUUUUUUUUCUUACUUUCCAAACUAAAUGAAUGCUUUAAUUUGCAACAGACUACACAAUCGCUGUAAGUAAAGCAAACGUGGUGACUGUUGGAACGCGACCAACAGGAGGAUAAAAUGGUUUCAAUGUAAGUGAUAUCUUUUUCAUUCACCUGGGGCGGGGGCGGGGCUUAACGACGGGGAUUUACAACGUGUGGUUUUGAAGGUGCAACUUGAAACUAGAAAUGAUUUCUUGUAGUUUUAUGACCCAUGUGUCCUUCGUGUCUGGUUAUUUUCUAAUCAUCUUUUUACACAUAAGAAAAAAAAGAGGAAAAAAAAAAGACGAAAUGAUGUUCGGAUUUUAAAAAGUUGCUUUUAAGAACAACCUUGUGCUUAAAAAAAGACAGUGAAGACGUAGUUAAAUGUUUCAUCAUAUCCAUGUACCUAAACACUAUCAUAUUGUUACUGUACUGCUGAUGCCACUCCGGGUGUUCUUGCCUUAAUGGUUAUGAUAUUGUCAUGUUCCUUGGUUGUUGGGUAUGUUCUUUAGUUUCAUUCAUACCUAAAAAGUUGUUUUUUCCAAUGCAACAGGAGUUGGGGUUACUGUUUUUUCCACAUCAGCAAUGAAAUGCAUGUCCAUUUAUUUAUUUCUGUAUUUAUUUUUUUGAGGGGGGGGCGAUGCUGGUCCACUCCCAUGAGCGUCACGGGCCAAACACUGAGAAAAGCAGCCCAUUUUUAGUCUGCAGCGGUUUGCCACACCCCCGCGGCGCGCUCCGAGCACGGGGCGCGUGCGCGCGCGCGUGUGUCAACGGGUGCAUGUAUGUGCGUUUCAGAUCGGACAAACAGUCACUUCAAGACCAGAGCCUUAGUAUAAAAUCUUGCACAAUUUGUAAAAAAUGUACAACAAAAUGAAAAAAAAAAAAACAACAAAAGACAUUUAAGGCACACGUCUUGUUUCUACUUUCCCUACAUUUCUCUCUCUACUGAUUGUUUUCGAUGACUUACUUUUUUCUCUUGUGGCCAUUUUAAUAAUUAUUAUGUAUUCCUUUUUGUAUAUUAUAGAUAGAUUGUGCGUUAGUAUGUGAGUCUUUUAUUUUGAAGUCCCGAAUGUGAGUACAGUUUCAGUUAGGAUUGCAUUUGCUGAAAGUAACUGUGUAAUCUGUUGCUUUUUUUGAAAAUAAAAAGUUUCCAUUUUGCAAAA